UCGACGUCUUAGUACUCUCUGCUUUAUAUAUCUCCCACACUUUGCUUUAUCUCCCACACUUUGGAGCUUCAGGGGAAUUUUGAAGCUUUCGAUCGAACUCUCUUCUGCUGCCAAAAUCUCUUAGAUAAAGUAGCUUCAUUCAUUCAUGUCCUCAUCUUUCCUCUGUUUUCUUGGCAACCAAACGUAGAGUAGAAAACAUUCCCAUUCAAUUUCACAUACUUCUUCACGUUUUUAGUUUGUGCAUGUUAGAAUGGACGUGGGUGAUGAGGCGAGUUUUGAAGGGAUCAUCGAAACAAGAUGCUGUGCCUGCUACUCAAAGAAUGGUUCUGAUCACCCCAAGAAUUCAUUCGAGAGCAGCGGAAACUAUUUCCGAGCACUUAUGGAGAUUCCGUGGCGGUUGGCAGACAGGAUCUCGAGCCGGUCAGCUGACCAAAUGGAGCUGGUGGAGGUGAAGGCUCGGAGCCAGCAUGAUAUGAAGAAGACACUCACGUGGUGGGACCUUAUGUGGUUCGGCAUGGGCGCCGUCAUCGGUUCCGGCAUCUUCGUCCUCACCGGUCUUGAGACCAGGAUCCAUGCCGGCCCUGCUGUGGUCUUGUCUUUCGUUGUUUCUGGCAUCUCCGCCUUGCUUUCUGUUUUCUGCUAUACUGAGUUUGCGGUGGAGAUACCCGUAGCAGGCGGUUCAUUUGCGUACCUAAGGGUAGAGCUUGGAGAUUUUGUGGCCUUCAUCGCCGCCGGCAACAUCCUUCUCGAGUACGUAAUCGGCGGAGCUGCUGUAGCACGUUCUUGGACAUCUUAUUUCGCCACUCUCUGCAAUCACGUAGACAAUGAUUUCCGUAUUACAGUCCAUAGUCUCCCAGAGGACUACAGAUAUCUCGACCCCAUUGCCGUUGUUGUCAUCGCCGUCAUCUGUGUCAUCGCCGUCAUCAGCACCAAGGCAUCUUCACGUGUCAAUUACAUCGCCACAAUUGUUCAUAUUGUCGUCAUCAUCUUCAUCAUUAUUGCUGGCCUUACAAAAGCAGAUAUUAAGAACUACACGCCGUUUGCCCCUUUCGGUGUUCGGGGCAUCUUUCAGGCUUCAGCAGUGCUAUUCUUCGCCUAUGUUGGAUUUGAUGCCGUUUCAACCAUGGCCGAGGAGACAAAGAAUCCCGCUCGAGACAUCCCAAUCGGUCUUUUAGGCUCGAUGGUGAUUACCACAUUGGUGUAUUGUUUGCUAGCGGUAGUUCUAUGCCUUAUGCAGCCGUAUAGUGAAGUUGAUACAUAUGCUCCGUAUUCAGUAGCAUUUGAAGCCGUAGGGUUGGGGUGGGCUAAGUACAUAGUUGCUGUCGGAGCACUGAAAGGCAUGACAACCGUUUUGCUUGUCGGAGCUGUAGGCCAAGCUCGGUAUCUCACACACAUAGCGCGUACCCACAUGAUUCCCCGGUGGUUUGCCAAAGUGGACGGCAGAACAGGGACACCCAUCAACGCCACAGUCGUCAUGCUCGUCGCCACUGCAGUCGUCGCCUUCUUCACAAAGCUCGAGAUUCUUGCGAACCUCCUCUCAGUCUCCACCCUGUUUAUCUUCAUGCUUGUUGCUGCUGCGCUCCUUGUGCGACGCUACUAUGUCAGCGGGGUGACGACAUUGGCGAACCGCGUCAAGCUCAUUGUGUGUCUCUGGCUUAUAAUUGGUUCUUCCAUUGGAACUGCUGCUUAUUGGGGAAAAAGUGACGGUUGGAUUGGGUACACAAUAACUGCGCCAAUUUGGCUGAUUGGAACCGUCGGGCUUUGGGUUUUGGUUCCACAUGCAAGAAAUCCAAAACUUUGGGGAGUGCCAUUGGUUCCAUGGCUGCCAUCAACUUCGAUUGCCAUCAAUAUAUUUCUUCUUGGAUCGAUAGAUAAAGCGUCGUUCAUAAGGUUCGGGAUAUGGACUGGAAUUAUGUUGGUUUACUAUUUGUUUUUCGGGUUGCAUUUGUCGUAUGACAAGGCAAAGGCGUCUGGGGAGAAGAGGAUGGAUGAUGGUGCGCAUUUGAAGGUGGUCGAAGACGGGGUUAACACUUGAGCGACUGGUUCUGGUUCAGCUGGUAUGAACGUCGGCAAUGCUUCAACAUUUGGUGGCAGUUCGAUGACUAAAACAAAUAGCCGUUCAUAUUGUGAAGGAGAGAGAGAGAGAGAGCCAAGUAUUCCACACCCUUUUUCUUUUUUUUCUUUCUCUAAAUGUGCACAUGAUUUCGGAUCUGGAUUGUAUACAAUAAUUUGUCCGAAUCUUAGAAAAUUCAAGCAGGUGAGAUGAUUGUAAGAUAACAUUUAUAAACUCACUUGAUCGAAUAAUUGAUUGAAUAAACUUUUUAUUUGGUCAAGUAAA